AUGUCAGUAGAAAAACAGUCUGACAAUCUCCCAAUCACAGUAUUCUUCAAGCACAAUGGGAAAAUAGCAGAGACAAGGGCAGAAAGAGGCAAGACACUGCUGGAGAUAGCACACGAUAACGAGAUACCGCUGGAAGGAGCAUGUGAGGGCAGCUUGGCCUGUUCCACGUGUCACGUCUACUGUCCAAGGGAGCUGUUUAAAAAUGAUCCAUUUUUUGCUAAGGAAAUAUCAGAUAAGGAGAAUGAUCUGCUAGAUAAGGCGUAUAGGGUACGAGAAAACAGCAGAUUGGGGUGUCAGAUAAAAGCAAAUGACAAGCUGAACAAUAUGACAUUUGAGAUACCAAAGGCAACUGUGAACAUGGCAGUUGAUGGACACGUUCCAAAGCCACAUUGA